UCAUCAGGAGAAAAUCAUGCAACUGAACCAUACUACUGAAACUGAAUCCUGAUGCGGCGAUGGGCGCCUCCCAUCCCAGGCGUCGCCCACCGCCGUGCGUUCGCCGCAGCCGCAGCUACGGCUGCAUCCCCCGCCGACGAACUUCUCCGGCAACACAACCGCUCCCUCGCGGCUCUCCUCCGUCGCGGCCGCUUCGACGCAGCCAGGCGCCUCUUCGACGCCAUCCCCGCCCGCAACGUCGUGACUUGGAACUCGUUCCUCGCGGCGCUAGCACGCGGCCGCGACGUGAGCGCCGCGCGGGCCUUUUUCGCCUCUAUGCCCGUCCGGGACGCCGUGUCAUGGAACACGCUCCUCGCUGCCUACUCCCGCUCUCCGCACCCCGACCACCUCGCCGACGCGCGCCGGCUGUUCGACGAAAUGCCACAGCGCGACGCGGUCACCUGGAACACCCUCCUCGGCGCCUACGUGCGCCGCGGGCUCAUGGGCGAGGCUGAGAAGCUAUUCGGUGAGAUGCCGCAGAGGAACAUCGCUUCUUUUAACACGAUGGUCACCGGGUUCUUUGCUGCUGGCCAGGUGAACAAGGCCCUUGACAUGUUCGAUGCGAUGCCUGUCAAGGACUCCGCCUCGCUGAGCACGAUGGUGUGUGGGUUAACGAAGAACGGCCGGUUGGAUGAGGCAGAGGAGCUGUUGACAAAGCGCUUGAGGGUGACGGACAUGGACAAGGCUGUUGAUGCCUACAAUACGCUGAUUUCUGCGUAUGGUCAAGUUGGGAGGGUGAACGACGCUAGGAGAUUAUUUGAUAUGAUUCCCAGAGGUCAGUACCAGCCCAAGAUGGGCAACAUGAGGGUCUUUGAGAGGAAUGUUGUGUCAUGGAACUCAAUGAUGAUGUGCUAUACAAAAACCGGAGAUGUUUGCUCAGCAAGGACACUGUUUGACGAGAUGCCGAUUAAGGACCUCGUAUCAUGGAAUACUAUGAUUGCUGGGUACGCGAAGGUGUCAGAUAUGCAGGAAGCAGAGAAACUGUUUUGGGAAAUGCCUGACCCUGAUGUAGUGUCUUGGAAUUUAAUAAUACGAGGAUUCACACACAUAGGCGAAGUUGAGAAUGCCCGUAGGUUUUUCGAUAAAAUGCCAGAGCGUGGGACCAUUUCCUGGAAUACAAUGAUAUCAGGUUAUGAGCAAAAUGGGGACUACGAUGGUACAGUCAAGCUAUUUACACGUAUGCUAGAAGUUGGUGGGAUGCCUGAUCGGCACACCCUCUCUUCCGUUCUAGCAGCAUGUGCGUCGCUCCCUAUGUUGCGCCUUGGAACUCAGCUCCACCAACUUAUUGAGAAGUCGUUUCUGCCAGAUACUGCAACUAGCAAUGCCCUUAUAACAAUGUACUCCAGAGGCGGGGCACUAACCGAGGCGGAAGCCAUCUUCAAGCAGAUGCAAACGCAAAAAGAUUUCAUGUCUUGGAAUGCACUGAUAGGAGGUUAUGAACACCAUGGUCGAGCUACAGAAGCUUUGCAACUUUUCGAAGAAAUGACGAGUGCCAGGGUUAUGCCAACACCCAUAACUUUCAUUACUCUCUUGAGUGCAUGCGGAAAUGCUGGCCUUGUCUCUGAAGGAUGGAGGGUUUUCCGCACCAUGGUUCAUGAGUAUGGCAUUGCUGCUAGGAUUGAGCACUAUGCAGCACUUGUCAAUCUCAUAGGUCGACAUGGUGAGCUUGAUGAUGCAUUGGAGGUAAUCAAUAGCAUGCCAAUUGCUCCAGAACGAUCUGUGUGGGGAUCUUUCCUCGGAGCCUGUACGGCGAAGAAGAAUGAACAACUGGCUCACAUGGCUGCAAAGGCAUUGUCCAAGAUUGACCCUGAGAGUUCUGCUCCAUAUGUUUUGAUUCAUAACUUGCAUGCUCAUGAGGGGAAGUGGGGAAGUGCGUCUGUUGUAAGAGAAGAGAUGGAACGUCAAGGUGUUCACAAGCAUCCUGGGUACAGCUGGAUUGAUCUGCAUGACAAGGUGCAUGUCUUCAUCUCAGGGGAUACCUCGCAUCCCCUUAUCCAGGAGAUUUUUUCAGUCCUAAAAGGUUUCGACAUGUCAUGCCGAGAUUGGAGCUAGACGGUCCGAAGCUGCACAAUUCAAGAACCGUGGAGCUGAGCAAAGAAACUCAAGUGAGUUCAUGUUACUCCUACUUACUUUUUUUUUACGUGUACUCCUACUAAUUCGGUACAUAUGGAUUUUGCACAUUCUACUUUUAUGUGUUGUUCCACAUUUAAUCAUGAAAAUGUGUUGACACGUAAUUCUUUCUGAAACACACACGUUCAAGACCCUGUUCAGCAGAUCCCACUACAGUUGCAAUCACAGAUUUACACAUACGUUCAUUUUCUAGUAACAUCAUUUGGUUUUAAGCCCCUUAAACGAUCAAUAAUAUGUGUGCAUGGCUGCCUAUUUAAUGUAAUACCCCACCAUGGAGUACUGUACUCUAAUCCAGUACUAGUGCUCAAACCACCAUGUAGAAAGAAGCACCCUUGCCUAAUGAGCUCUUUGAAUCUGAUGAAUUGUGCCUUUAACCAAAACAUUCAAAGCAUUGCUUUGAAUGUCCCCCGCAAAAAAAAAAUGCUUUGAAUGUGUCAAGCAAUGCACAAAUAAGUGAGAACGUAUGCCCCCAAACCCUCACUUCUUGCUUAUACAGCUAUACUGUCAUACAUGUUAAGCUUACCUUUUGAUUUUGUGAGUAAUUAAGGUGGAUAACUGGAAUAGUUCAAGGCCGAACAGAAGCAGAAACAAGUUGAAUUACAGUUCGGUAAAGGUAAUGCGCGUUAGCAGAAAGAAGGGUGGAUGGAUGACGAAAGUCUGUGCCCAGUUAGUCCUAAUCAUGCAUCAGAACUUAUAGUUCUAAGAAAUAUAAAUAAUAAUAUAUCUGUAAAACAAAACAUGCAGACUCUAGGCGAAAAGUUUUGAUUAGCCAUUAUCCAUACUCUUAAAUGUACGAAACCCAAGGCAUGUUAUGCUAUUUACCAAGACUAAUUAUUACCAUGCAGCCAAUCACACAAUUACUCCCUUUUUUGUAACUCCCGAUCCAUUAGCCACUCUUUGAAUUAAUUCCUCGCAUGAUUUUCAAUAUGAGCCGUUUCCAUGCACCAAGUGAUACCAGCAUUUAAGAGCCGGCUUUGCCUUUCAUCCGCUCCAUAUAUAUUUGGCUACCCACGUUCUAGUCUUGUCUUCAUCAGUUCUCAUCACAGUAUUUGUUUGCCCACGAUCUAGUUCUAGAGAGAAUGGAUUGCAACGAAGAACAGAGGUACGUUUAUUCUUCUAUCAUGCAGUGAGAUUGUGCACAGUGUGCAUCAAGAAGUAGUACAAUUGUUUUUGCUAAGUUGAUCUAUCUUAUUUACCAUGGACCAGCUUGUGGCCUUAUUGGCCAAGUGAUUGGCUUGAUAAUUUCCUGCUUGAGGAAGAAGCACUCCUCUCCAAUCUACCCUUCCCGAGCUUCUGUUGUGAACCAUUAUGCUCUACUGGCUCCGCCGUUAGGCAGAG